AUAAGGUGAUAAUAUGCUGUGGAAAUAAGGGGGAAGUAAAAAUAAGUACAGAUAACAAGCUAUACCAUAGACCAGAAAGAUGGUGAUUAAGCAAGUGCGAACAGUCUCGUUAUGGGACAAGGAAGCAAUUGUGCCAUUGCUUGCUGGGAUUCGCAUUGCAGAAGGGAGUGCAGAGUACGAUGAAGUUGCAACCCAGGCCAUGGCAUCACCUAGUAAAGAACACUGUGCCAUCGGUCUACCCAUGUUUCGUCCUAGCGUCCCCAGCACGGCCUCCGAGUCACAGUGCUCCCUCUGCCAGGUUACCUUUGCCAGCCGUCAAGAGCAAGUCGGUCACUACCGCCUGGACUGGCAUCGUUGCAACCUCCAAAGGUCCUUAUCUGGCAAGCCCCCACUCUCUGAGGAACAGUUUCUGCAAGAUAUGAGUGAUGUGUCUAGCUUAUCAGGAUCAGAUGACGAUGAUGAGGAGGAGGGGGAGGAAGGCAAAGAAUCCCCUGAUGAAGAUGUUAGUAAUUCUGUACUGAGGAAACAAGCCAGGAUGUUCUUCUGUAAUGCAGAUGGAAAUGUGAUAUCAGUGUACAGAGCCAUUUUGUUCAACAAAAAGACGGAAAUGUAUGGGGAACAGGAUGUGCUUCAGCGUGUGCUUGCAGCCCCUCGCAAGGUCAACGUUGCAGUUAUUCUCCUUGGUGGAGGCCACUUUGCAGCUGCCGUGUUUAAAGGCAGCGAAGUGAUCAUCCACAAGACCUUUCACAAUUACACUGUUCGAGCCAAGCAAGGAGGCAGCCAGAAUGCCAAGGAUGGUCAGAGCGGAACCUCACACCCAAAGUCCAGUGGUGCUUCGCUCAGGAGGUACAAUGAGCUAUCACAGCAACAGCACAUCCAAGAGCUGAUGGAGUCUUGGAAAACCCACCUUGAGAAAUGUGACCUCAUUUUCUUCCAUGCCAAGAAGCACAACCGCAAGACACUUUUCUCUGGCAAGAAACCAAUCCUCAAUCCAAAGGAUGAUCGACUGAGGACCAUACCUUUCCCCACGAAGAGAGCAAAGUUCUCUGAGGUCAAGAGAGUGUAUGGGAUGCUUUUUGAAGUUCUCAUUCAUGGGACUGAAGAUGAAUUUAAGACAAUGGUCAAGGACUCGCUCAUCGGGGAGGUCAAAUCUGUUACUAAAAAGAAAAAGGAGGCAAGCCCCAAGAAGAAAACAAGUCCAAGAAAGGAAGCAAAGAAGCCCAAGAGCGAGAGAAGAAAUGAGGUGCCAGAACCGUGCUCGUCUUCCAGCGAGUCUCUUGUCGAUGAUGAAGAUGACAUGGUGAUGACCAUGACCAUGAUGUCCUUCUGCAUGAGGGAUAUAGGGGGAGGAAAGGACUGCUCGUUUGACCCAAAAACGCUGAGGGAGUUAGAGAGAAAAGAAAGAGAGCAGCCAAAAAAGUCUAAAGAGGGCUCCAAACACAAAGAAGUAGUUUGGAAUGAGAUAUAUACCUCGUGCAGGACGGGCAACAAGGACCGGCUGGAGAUAGCACUAAAAUUUUCCUCACCUUCGAGUCACAAGGGUAAUACACAAAACAAAGCACUGAUGACCUCACUCCAAAAUGUGCAGAUUCCAUCUGAUCUUUCACUUAUAACUUUUGGCAAGAAAGACCGAACUAUGUUGCACAUAGCAGCAGAAAGUGGACACAAAGAUAUUCUGUGGUGUCUGCUAGAACAUGGUUGUGAUCCAGCUGCCUCAGAUAAUAAGGGCAGUUUUCCAUUUAAUUUGUCGAAGGAUAAAGAGACGAGAAACACCUUCCGUCGUUUCAUGGCACAACAUCCGAAGAAGUAUGACUACAAGCAGGUAAUAAUGAAAACAUUGAACAUGGGUCUUAUUUAUUUUGAUCUUUUGGCUUAA